UUCGGGGAAAAUUGGAAAAACACAUCAAUUGUUAUUUUUCACUCAUAAACAAUGUCGAUAGACAAAUUAAAGGAACGAGGAUGGUAUCUGACGGAAGCGGGUCUGAAAAAAUUGACGGAAAACAAAAACAAUGUGCUAGACGAGCAGGGAGUCACGAAGCUUGCGUUAGAUACGGAUUUCCGCGAAAUCGCUGGCGGUGCAUUAAAUAGUUUGCUGAAACAGGACGCCUUGCAAGGUAAUGCCGUACUACAAUUGGUCAAAGUGCGCAAUUGUUCUGCACCAAAAUCCAAUGAGGAAUCCAAAGCGGCGCCGAGACUCUUGCGAAUUCACCUAACCGACGGACAAACUCAAUGUCAGGCUGUGGAAAUGGAAAAUAUUCAAGCUCUCUCGCUGAAUUUGCCUCCGGGAACGAAGAUUUUGCUGAAGAAUGGACCGAUCAAAUGUUCGCAUGCAUUGUUACAACUGCGUGCAAGUAACGUCGAAGUAUUGGGAGGUCAUGUCGUUGCCUUGGUCGAAAAAUGGGAAGUAAAUCGAAGUCUCGCGAUGUUCUCCAAAGGAAAUCGUCCCAAUUUAGGAUCAAGCGGACCUCCACGAUGGAUUCCCUUCGGCAAACCAAUUCCCCAACUAACCGGCAAAACUGACGAAACGUUCAACAGCAUGGCAGAGGCACAAACGAAGAUGAUUGCCGAGGAGAAUCACAGCAGCGAAUUCGAUUCGCAACGCAACGAUGCCAUAUCCGAAGCCAUAAAGACUGAAAACAAAAAGGUAUUCGGCGGCGGCACGAAGCAACUGCAAGACGCCAACGUGCAAAAGAUCAUGGACAAGGGCUACACGGAAGAGCAGGCGAAAACGGCGCUGCGCUACAACAAAAACAACGUCGAACUCGCGCUAAACAACUUGCGGAAACGCGAAGAGCGAACACGUUCCUACAGCGAACGCGACAACGAAUCUCAAACGAAGCAAAUUCCCGCGCGAGGCAAUGCCAACGAACGCCCCGAUCGCAAAAAGCCCGGCAUGGACAAAGAAAAGCCCGAAACGACAAGCAAGCCAUCACAAAAGAUCUCACUUUUCGACUUUGUGGAAGACAAAUUGCCCGAAACGAGCGAACCGACGUCCUCCGCGAACACUUCGAAGCCUCAAAAUAACAAUUACAGCAACGCCCGACGUGAUCCGUACUCCGAGGGAGGCAAACGCGGCGGAAAUCGCUUCGAAAAUAACAUUUCCGCAAGUUUCGCGAACCGUAAUAACCAAUACGGCGGGCAACAACAGCAGCAAAAUAAUUAUUACAACAAUUCUGGGGCGCGAAACGAUCGAGCUAACAACCAAAGUGACACGCGAGGCGGCUAUAAUCGACGUGAUUACAAUGAAAAUCGUAAUUCGGGUCCCCAAUCGCGUUCAAAUACGUAUCCGGGACCUCGUGAAAAGCGUUACGACAACAGAGAUUCGUAUAAUUCGCAUCCGCAGCAACAACAAGGAUCGCAAAAUCAAGGAAAUUACAACAAUCGUUACCAAAAAGAUUACAAUAAUCAAGCGCAGCAACAGUCCCAGACUCAAUACUCGCAAAAGGAUUAUCGGAACAAUGAUUAUAACAAAGGCGGACAUGGCGGCGAGCAACGAAACGAUCGAAAUUAUAACGCAAGCGGUGCUCAUGACAACCAAAAAGGCGGAUAUCAACGCGGCGGAUACAAUAAUAGCGGCAGAGGAAACGAUUUUCGUGAAAAUAAGAACGAUCAACGAGCCCAAGGGAAUAAUUACGGCGGAAAUAGCGAGUAUCAAGGUACUAAGUCACAUCAUCAGACACAAAAUCAGCAACAAACGGCGCAAAAAUCCUCCUAUAACGAGUAUUCGCGACAAACAAAUGCCCCGCAAGGCGGAAAUUCGCAAGCCGGGCAAGGAAGACAACAACAAACGUCAAAUUAUGCCAACAAAGAUCAUCAUCAGCAACGGAGAUCGCCUCCCGGGCAACAGCAAAACACCGCCCCGAAGCCAAAUAACAACCAGAAACAGUCGUAUACCAAACAGAACGCGAAUCAGAACAUGAAUCACGUCAUCGAUGCAACGGCAAAUCUCAAAAUUGGCUCGUCUUCGGGCCCCGUAACGUCAUCGAGUCAAAAUACUUCGUCGUCGAAUCAAACAAAAGUUCCUCCUCAUCAGUCAGUUGCUGUCGCAGGGCAUCCACAGCAGUCUCAAAAUCCGCCGAAUCAGCAGCAGCAGCAACAGCCGACGAUGAACAAGAAUUACGUCGCAAUUCCGAAUGGCACUUACAACCCGUACCAAAUUAUGGGAUUCCAGAACAAGGCAACCAAUGAAUUCGCAAUGAAUGUGUUGAAAACGCAACAAUUGCCCGUAACUGCCAAUGCACAAGCGCCGCCCGUUGCCCCACCGACUGCCGUUGCGGUACCCGUUGUUCCGCUUACGAGUGUUCAGCCGCCCGCGCAAAUGCCUCCGGGGCAAUUUGUGCAGCAACCGUAUGGGCAUCCGCCGCCGCCUGUCAUUCCGAGUCCCCAGCCGAUGGCAAAUCAAUUUUUGCCGCCCGGUACAACUGUCGCAUUCCCCGCUGUGCAAGUCGGAAUGAUGCCGCAAGUGAAGUUUAAUGUUGGCGAAGUUUGCGUUGCGAAAUAUUGGGAGGAUGAGAGGUUCUAUCCCGCUGUCAUAACAGACGUCACGGAAAAGACAAAUGUCGUGCGAUUCGUGGAUUACGGAAAUUUCGAAGAAGUAUUGAAACACGAUUGUUUGCCCCUUAACACAGCUCCGCCAGGCACAACAUUCUCCGCAGCUCCGGCAGCAUUCAAGGCAGUUCCCGUUUCCGCAGCGACGCAAAUAAUUCAUCCUCAUCCCGCCAUGCCUCCGCAACAAAUGCAGCAGCAUCAGCAGCAGGCUCCGUCGCAGCAAAAUAUGCGAGGCGGACACAAAAAUAUUCCACAGGGCAAUUCCGGAGGAAACGCAGGAGGCAACAAGUCCUAUCGCGAGCAACGUGGCGUUUACGUGCCGCCCCAAAAACGGAUGUAAUUCACAGUAUUUCUUCUUUUUUUUUUGUUUCUUUUUUUGGAUGUGAAGUAUCCGAAUGAGUUUUUUCUUCCCUUAAUUUCCAAAAAAAUUUUCUCGUGCAAAGAAAAUAUUUUUUUUUCACUUUUCGUGUUCAUUUGUAGUAAAAAAAAGAGAAAAUUCUUGUUUGUUACAAUUUCGACAAUUCUCAUUGCUACGAAAGAAAAAGGACGUCAUGUUGAGGAAACAAUUUUUCAAAAUCAUGAAAAGAGAGAGAGAGAGAGAAAAAAAUCUCACGUAAAAAAAUACUCGCCUUAGUUUUUUGUCGAAUCAAUUAAACUCCUCUGGGCCUUUUUAUAAAAAGAAAAAAAUUAAAAUAUUAAAGUAAAAAAUUCGAUUUGUAUAUUUCGCUCUAUAAAUUAGUUUUAGUGUACUUUCCCCUCCAUCAUUUACUUUUGCUAAAAAAUUAAAUUCGAAGAUUUUUUGACAAAAGGAUUGAAAUUUUAAUGUUAAUGAAGUAAGAAGAUAGUUUAAGAGCACUUAUUUAUUUUUUUGAGUUUUUCCUCCUUUUUCAAUAACAUUAAUAUGUAAUAAUUAAUAAUAUAUUAAAUAU